GAGAGUAAGCAACAACAGUUCUAUCGUUGAGAGCAUUUGUAGCUCCUCCCUCAGGUCACUUAACGGCUAAACACAGCUUUCUGCCAACUUCAACUCAUGUCAUUUUCUAGUUUACCCCCGACACCUUUACCUCGUAGCAAGGAUCAGCAGCGCCGCUACCAAACUCCUCGACUUAACUCGUACCGCCUCACACCACCCCCAACACCUACCAUCCUGCCGCCUACUCAGCAACCAGACGUCUUCCUCGCCAGACAGAUUCCUAAAACACCUUACAAUAAAUUGGUUUACAACAUUACCAACCCUUAUCACAGCAACCCCUUCUGGGGAUUAGCACAGAAAGAGAUGGAUCAGCAGUGCACCGCCUCCCUUAGCAAGGUGCAGCGUAUCAGAACCUCUAAGGACGGCUCUGUGAUUGCGAUAUCGUGCGACGGCAGCAUGGCUUUCUCGUACCUGUCACGCGUGUCGCACAAGUCGUACUGGAUGCGAGAACUGCGUCUCAAGUCGGAGUCUCAACUCAGACAUUGCAUUCAGAGAAUCAAACAGCAGAUUGGAGCUAUAAUCUGUUAUCUCAUCUUCGCUGGACUUCUCAGACUCUACACUCAAACUCACUUAUCUUAGACGUUGUUAAUUCAGAGUAAUUGCUUUUAUUUUUGCUGAGCUGAACUAUUUGUAAAGUACAAAAUAUGUGUCUU